GUUCUCGAUUAUAUCUAUAUCUCUAACAGAAGUUCAAAAAGUGAGUGGGCAAGGCAACCUUCAAACAAGAAUUUUUCAAGAGCUCUAGAUACAAGCUAUUUGGUAAAAAUGUCUGUCGAAUAUCCCAAGCAAAGCGUCUUUGCGUUCCCGCUCAAGCCUACAGAAUAUGCGCCGGCGCCUUUGCCUUCUCUCGAAGAAUGGAACAAGCUAUGGGCGACGUGGGAUCUUGUUACCACCAAGAUGAUCCCCGCCAGCGCCUUGAUGGAGAGACCUAUUCCCCUGCGCAAUCCCCUACUAUUCUAUCUGGGUCACAUUCCAGCAUUUGAAGACAUACACUUGACACGGGCCACCGGCGGCAAUCCGACUGAGCCAGCCAUCUAUCAUGAUUUCUUUAAAAGAGGCAUAGAUCCUGAUGUGGAUGACCCGACCAAAUGUCAUGACCACAGCGAACUGCCAGAGUCAUGGCCUACACUUGAAGAGAUCCUUGACUACCGAGAGAAAGUCAAUAAAAGAAUUACUGCGCUGUACAACGAUCCAGGAGCAAUGAGCAACCGAACCAUCAUGCGUGCGCUCUGGGUGGGGUUUGAGCAUGAAGGCCUCCAUCUCGAGACAUUCUUGUACUUGACCCUACAAAGCCCAUCUGUCUUGCCUCCACCUGGACCAACGCCUGACUUCGAUGCAAUGGCAAAGAAGGCCUUCUCUGAACGUGUCGACAAUCAAUGGUUCAGGAUUCCCGAUCAGACAUUUACGAUUGGCUUCGAUGACCCAGAGAGUGAUGAAGGGCCGAGCCGAUUUUUCGCCUGGGACAACGAACGCGAGCCCUACUCGGUCACGAUGCCGGAAUUUGAAGCGCAGGCACGCCCGGUGUGUAACGAAGAAUAUGCUACAUAUCUUUUCGCUACUGGCAAGAGAACGGUUCCCAUUACCUGGACACAAAACCCAAACGCGUCGCUGAAACCAUCUGGGAACGGGACCGUCCACCAGCUGAUGACUGACAAUGGCGAUGGUUUCACGCAAUUCAUCGACAGUCAGGCCAUCAAGACGGUAUAUGGUCCCGUGCCUCUUUCAUUGGCGCUUGACUGGCCACUUAUGGCUUCAUACAAUGAAGUCGAAGGCUACGCCGAAUGGGCGAAAGCGCGUAUCCCUACUUUGCACGAGGUGCGAAGCAUUCAUGAGUAUGCUGAGAAGCAGAAAGCGAAGCGCAACCCCCCUUGCAACGGACGUAGUCCAAGACUGCAACCUGAUCCCGAGGAGAUUUUUGUCGACUUGACCGGCUGUAAUACCGGCUUGCAACGUUUUCACCCCGUUGCCGUCACUCAAAACGGCAGUCGGAUCUCUGGCUUGGGAGACAUGGGUGGGGCGUGGGAGUGGACUAGCUCGCAGUUUGGUCCGCAGCCUAAUUUCAAGCCCAUGGACAUUUAUCCCGGCUACAGCGCCGAUUUCAUGCAUGGGAAGCACAAGGCCGUCGUGGGCGGGUCCUGGGCUACCCACCCACGGAUUACAGGACGCAAGUGUUUCUUGAAUUGGUGGCAAAUGAAUUAUCUCUAUCCAUGGGUUGCCGUUCGUCUUGUGCGUGACAUAGUCAAGGCUAGAUGAAGAGGAUGAAGGUCUAGCAUGCCUUAGUAGAAUGGCUUUGGAUGUCAGCAUAAUCCUUCUCCUCGCUCGAUCAAAUUUUGUUACAACACGUCUUGCUGGUGGCCCCUCUGGCAAUUAGCGCUAUUUUUGGUAUCAAAACUGCGUAUUCUAGCGUCUUUUGCGAUAAAUUGUGGCUCUUCAAAAGUGUGAUUAUUUGAUGGUGAUGAUAUUAUUAUAAGAUUGGGGGUGAGGGUGGUGGCGCUUGCAAAUUUCUGUCAUGUAACUGUAGAUGUACAUUGUCAAGCACUCAACACACGUAUCCGAC